AUGACCCCCACACCUCCGUCUGCUACGACAUCAUCCUCGGGCCAUUCGCCCGAGGAGCAUUUCAGGGUGGUUCGUCGUCGAAAUAGGGUGCCGCUUAGCUGCUAUCCGUGCCGGACGAGGAAGUUGAAAUGCAAUAGGGGAACUCCAAAUUGUGAGAACUGCAUCAAACGUGGUGAUACACAGUCCUGCGUCUAUGCUACUCCAACAAGUCGGAGAAAAAAUCAAAGUAGUGCUGGAGCUUCCGCAACUCCUGAUGAUAUGCAGAACCGUAUUGACCGUCUAGAAGGUUUAGUUUUAAGUCUGAUGCAUGGCGGUGCGAAUAUCGAAGUCUCCAACUCCUCCAGUACCGUACCCCCAGCCCCUUCUACGUCUGAUAGUUCUUCUCCCAAUGUCGAUCAAGACGAUGAAGGGGCUAUGAGGGACGACGAGGCCGACGGCGAUGGUCCUGGCAGUGACGUGGAUGAUGGGCUAUCCACGUCUUUAGGUAUGCUUAAAGUCGAUGCAGAUAAAGGGAAGUCCAUGUACAUUGGGCAAGAUCAUUGGCAUCUACUCCUGCUCGACAUUGCUGAAGUGAAGAAUUUCUUUGCCUCUCACAAGAAGGAACUUGAAAGCAGUUACCAGAGAGUUAUGUCUUCAAAACCUGUAACUGCUCGAGACUCGCCCAUAUUUUUACUUUCUGCUCCGCCGGCCGUGGAAGUCGAACUGAGAGCGGAACUACCCUCGAGGACGGCCAUAAUGACGUUAAUAUCGAGAUAUUUUAACUCGUUAGAUACUGCCGCUAGUAUAGUUCACGCGCCUACCUUUCAAUCACAACUACGGGCGCACUGGCAAGAUCCAUCUAAGUCAACUAUCACAUGGAUAGGUUUGCUCUAUUCUAUGCUAUGUCUUGCGAUGCUCAGUUAUCAUAAGGUAGGGGACGAGCCUCCGGAAUGGAAAGGUAGGUCUCUAGAUCUCGCAGCAGAAUAUCGAUUGCGAACGGUACAAUGCUUGGUAGUCGCGGAUUAUACCAAGCCGGUUGAGUAUACAGUGGAAACACUGAUUCUUUACUUAUUUGGAGAAUACUCUUCGCGCUGGGACGCAGAUUUUUCAUUGUGGAUUAUAACAGGUAUUAUUGCGAAAUUGGCUUUUCGAAUGGGUUAUCACCGAGAUGCGGACUGGUUUCCGUCAGUUACGCCAUUCCAAGGGGAAAUGCGACGACGAACAUGGGCUUUGAUACGCAUGUCUGAUAUCAUAUUCUCGUAUCAAAUUUCCUUACCGGCCAGCAUCCACGAACAUGACACCGACACGAAGCUCCCGCAUAACAUCUUUGACGAAGAAUUCGGUCCCAAUAGCAAAACUCUUCCCCCUUCCAGGCCGAUGGUGGAACCGAGUCCGAUUGCUUAUAUGAUAAGUAAAACCAAGCUGUGUAUUGAAUUAGGAAAUGUUCUCCAUUCGGUCUCCCGAGUAGGCAAGCCGGUGAGCUAUGAUGAUAUUUUACAACACGACAAGAAACUCCGCGAAAUCUUGGAUGAGUUUCCACCGCAUCUAAAGAUUCGCCCUCUCGAUGGAUCGCACGACCCCGUGACCCUUAUUAUUGCGAGGUUCAAUUUGGAUAUCUUAUACCAGAAGAUCAUGUGUAUGUUGCACAGGAAACACAUGUUACGCGCGAGGCAGAAUCCGCGGUACGCGCAUUCUCGUCGUAGCGCAAUUGAGGCCUCACUAGAAAUUCUGGGGCACCUAAGAAUGAUACAUCGUGAAUGUCAACCGAAUGGUCGACUUCGUUCUAUGAAAUGGUAUGUAUCGGCUACCUCUAAAGACACAUUGCUUCCAACAAUGCUAGUCAUCCUUGAUCUUCACCAUGAUCAUAUUGCUGCCACGUCUGGUAAGCGGCAGGAUUCGCAGGCAAUUUACUUUUGGACGCCAGAGCAACGGAAGAAGAUGAUGAGUUCUCUCGAAGCGGUUGCAGAAAUUUGGAAGUCACUGUCCAACGAAUCAGUUGAGGCAUACAAGGCUGCAAAUAUUCUCGAGAUCAUGCUAGGAAAGCUCAGGAAUCCUCCUUCAGCACCGGUUGGUACUGCUGGAGCACCAACGACGCAACCUGAAAAUCCCUUCACUUUUGGUGUUGAAAUGCUACCCGAGCAUUCCGCGGCGAUGACUCUCGGUAUGCUCUCAGAGGGCUCGGCGUCAACCAUCCAGUCACCCGGCGGGACAACUUACCCGAAUAUAGAGCUUAAUUUAGGAGGCGUGGGAGGCGUGGGAGGCGUCGGGGCUAGAACGGGACUUACACCUGAAUUCCAACCUGACAAUCUUGGUACAAUUAACAACGCCGCGUCACCGUUCUCCAUGUUCACAACUCUAGGCGGAGGGGGCAACAUGGCUAUUGAUCAUAAUUUCGACUGGGACGCAUUUGAGAAUUACGCGCAGACAGCAACUUGGGGUCCAGAUCAGACAUCCUUCCAAUUCUUCGCGGGGAACCCCGAGCAGCAAUCCCAAUCCCAACAAGGAUCUUCCGAUGGUUCUUUCGCGUUCUUGAACCCGGACACGCCCAGCACAUAG